GAGCCAAAGAACAUGUCCCGACCUCAAGACGACAGAAACCAGGAGGCUACAGUUUACUUGGGAAACCUCGAUGAGCGAUGCACAGACGCUCUUGUGUGGGAGCUGAUGUUGCAAGCAGGACCUGUUGUCAAUGUUCAUCUUCCUAAGGAUCGUAUAUCCAUGGCUCAUCAAGGAUAUGGGUUCUGUGAGUUCUUGACCGAAGAGGAUGCAGAGUAUGCCUGUAAGAUUAUGAAUCAAAUAAAACUCUGGGGAAAGCCCAUCAGGGUCAACAAGGCAUCGUCUGAUAAAAAGCAACUAGAUGUUGGAGCGAAUCUCUUCAUUGGAAACUUGGAUGAAAACGUUGAUGAACGACUUCUAUACGAUACAUUCAGUGCCUUUGGUGUUAUGGCUACGACUGCUAAAAUAGCUCGUGAUCCAGGGACGGGCAAGUCAAAAGGAUACGGAUUUGCUUCUUACACGGAUUUCGAAUCGUCAGAUGCUGCUACCGAAUCUAUGAAUGGCCAGUUCCUUAUGAACAAGGCUAUCUCCGUCCAAUACGCUUUCAAAAAGGAUGGCAAAGGUGAACGGCACGGGACAUCUGCAGAACGUUUACUUGCCGCCCAAGCUCGGAAAAACAAUGCGCUACCUGUGGCAGCGCGUCCCCCUCCCGCACCAAUGGCCUUCGGUGCUCGGCCUCCUAUGCCUGGUUUCCAAGGACCUUAUCAGGGCCAGUUUGCGGGAGCUCUGGCGCAGCCGCCACCACCUCCAGGUUUUACUCCUCAACAAACAGUGGUCCCUCAAGGUAUGCCUAUGAUGGGUGGUAUGCCUCCUGGAGGAAUGCCCAUGGGGAUGCCCCCACCCCAAAACAUGCAGAUGUACCCUCCUGGGGCUUUCCCUCCGCCACCUCCGCCAGGAUUUGCUCCUCAGGGUAUGCCUGGAGGUAUGGUCCCACCACCUCCACCUGGUGUGCCUCAGCCUCCUCCGCAAUUUUAAACUACAGUUUCUCUUUUGUGCCUAUCUUUGUCCUAGUAGCUGUCAUCACGCUUGAGAUUAUGUUUGCGCAAAAUAAUAUUUUCGAUUGGCGAUGA